AUGAUUGUAAUUCUGCUGGUGUCUAUGUCCAUGGUGCUUCACAUUGUAGGUGGCCAAGAACAGAAGCCUCCAGCAUUCCUGCCAGAGCUGCUUAACACACCUGAGAGAUUCUUGAACAAUGCCACACUCUUCAAUGGAGUCUUCCAAAAUGUGGAAAGUGUUGCAUUAUUUUUUGACUGCCUGGGCUCUCACUUCACCUGGUUACAGUCCAUCUUCACCAACUUCCCUGCCCUUCUCAACUUUGUGAACAAAAUGAAGUGUGUUACUGGGUUUUGUCCCAGGGAUUUUGAAGACUAUGGCUGCUCUUGCCGGUUUGAGAUGGAAGGGCUCCCCGUGGAUGAAGCUGAUGAAUGCUGCUUCCAGCACCGCAAAUGCUACGAGGAAGCGCUGGAGAUGGAGUGCACGUGGGACCCAUCAAAGAUUUCUGCAGAUGUCAGCUGCUCUGCUAAAAACCUGACCUGUGAGUCUGUGGAUCCCUGUGAACAGUUCCUCUGCACCUGUGACAAAGAUGCCAUUGAAUGCUUUGUGAAAGCACAGAUCAACUCCUCCUUGAAUGGGCUGGAUGUCUCCUCCUGCCCAUCUCCAGUUACAGAAACAACUAGCAAGAGAGAGCUGACAACACGACACAUGGAGGUUUCUGCUUAUUCAGAAGAAGAUGGAUUUAUGGAAGCUUUGGCCUCAGUGGAAGAGAUAACCACCUCCCCAGCCUCAUUCCCAGGAGACAGUAACUCAAUGCAAGUCAAAAUUGUCCCCACCAACAAAAGUCCUGCAGGCACACCUGCAAGGACAAAAGGAAAAGGCUUUGUAGCGUGCGAGCGACUGACCUUUCUGCAGGAGAGAGGACGUGGAAGAGUGGAGAGGGAGCUGCCCCAACUUGGAGAAAUGCUGUUCUGCUUAACUGAGCGGUGCCCAGAGGAAUUUGAGUCUUAUGGCUGCUAUUGUGGCCAAGAGGGAAGAGGUGAACCUGCCGAUGCACUGGACAGAUGCUGCUUCUCUCAUCACUGCUGUAUGGAGCAAGUUAAGAAACUUGGAUGUCAUGCAGAAAGAAAUUUGAGAUCUGAAGUUGUAUGUUUUGAUCACACACCAAAAUGCGUUGGCUGGAGCAUGUGUGAGAAGCUCCUUUGCGCCUGCGACACGGCUGCGGCCGAGUGCAUGGCUUCUGCCUUCUUCAACCAGAGCCUGAAGCUGCCCCACGGGCGGGGCUGCCGAGAGGAGAAGCUCUCCUGCCCAGGGGCUCCUGCUGAAAGGCCUCCCACAGGCACACAAACAGCAACAGGGGCUUCCAGCUCCCAGGAGAGCAGCGAGGAGGAAGGAGCCCUGCGGGGCGGAUUGCGAAGAGCCAAGAGAGGGACGCGGCAUCCCAUGGGGAGCUCCAGAGCUGGGGGACAACACCAGGGCAGAUAACCCUGGGGGCAGAUAGCCCUGGGAGCAGAUAACCCUGGGAGCAGAUAGCCCUGGGAGCAGAUAACCACCCACCUCCUGCUUGGGAAGGGGCAGGACAGCAGCCAGGCACUGAGUACCUGCCCUCCUUAUCCUCUACACGCUGCUUCACUCUCUCCAGCACACAAAUGACAUAAUCAUAGUCUAGGAUUAGGUGUUAGGCUGUAUUAACUCCUUAUUGUGGGGAGGUCAGCACUAUGGAGCAUCUGUCUAGGUUAGAUAUUACCUUAAAUAAUUAUUGGACAGUGUUCUAUAUAAUUUCACUUGAUUUUUUUAAAUGUAAAAACUGUUAACGGUGCACUUGGUUCAGACUGGAUCUUGCUGAUGGUGGCCAAGUAUUCCAGAUUUUUAAUUAAAACCUGCAACUACUCCAACUCCCUCUGCAGACGUUUUUCCUUUACGGAGCUUAGCAGGAAACACCCAGAAGCAAAGCUAAAGUAAUUACAUGAAAGUUCCUUUGUUCAUUCCUGUCUAUAGCUGCGUGUGACUCCCUUCUGAAGGUAACAGAAGGUCCAAAAUGCUGGACAGAGCCUCCUCUUAGGGAAGCCUCUCUCCUCCCUAAGGCCAAAGUUAAGGACAUGAGCAGGAAACUUCCCAGCCUGGUACAGCCCUCAGACUGUUACUCGUUAUUGCUCUUCCAUGCUGGGGGUGUUGAAGUCACAAUGUGCAGUCCAAGGGUGAUCAAAAGAGACUUCAGCACCUUGGAAUGGCUGAUCAGGAAAUGUGGAUCAUUUUUUCCCCUAUUCUUGCAGGAACAGACAGACUCAGUCUAUCAAUACCUGGCUCC